CCGAGAGGGGCCAAUAGCCACAACCCCUUCGAAUUCCUGGCCCUUAACCCACCAUUUGCGGUUUUGUACCGGGGUUUGUUGGUGUUUCUGUUGCUUUGUUGCAUUUGACAUUAUGCGCAUUAAAUGCGCUUGAAAUGCUCCACUUCCUCCGGCUGCUGCCACUGCUCCUUCCUUCCACAAACACAAACUGACAUUGACAACGAUAAGAGGUCGAGCAGGUCGAGAUGGGGAAAGCCGGAAGUGUCGGUAAGGCGACAGAAGAGCCAGGAGCGGGAGCCAGAAGAGCCAGGAGCCAGGAGCCAGAAGCAGGAGCCAAAGGAGCCGGGAACCAGAAGACUGGAGCCUGCAGACAGAGGUAGACAGCUGCCAAAGCGCUUUGUAAAUUAUGUCGUCGAGGGGCUUCAGCUCGAGUGGGUUUUAUGGGGAAAGUAACCAAAACCGGAAUGAAAGCACUAACCGUAUGGCAGGACAUAAACAUGUGUGUUCGAAAGUUCCCCGCUUUCCAAAUGGCUUUCCCCCACCCUCCAAGUGGGCCCUGCCUUUAAUUAAAUAUGUACAAAACCUGGUGGUUGCCGCGGUGUAAAGUAAUUCGAAUUUAAUAUUCAUGCUAAUUUUAAUAUGAAAACGCAUUUCGCGGAUUACACUGCGUAUACGUAAUGCUUAGCCUGAUUGCGGGUUUGCACAGCACUUUAGAUGGGGUUUAGAUUUAGAUGGCAUUAGAGCACAGGUGUGCGGCUAUGAAUUUAAAAGCAAGGGGAACAUCCGCCAGUGACAUCAGUCGAGUUCCAAAAGGCCAUAGAAUAUGAGGAAAGUUAGUAUAGUAAUCUUGUUACUGGUCAGUGGGGUGGCUUCCUCAAUGGAACAUCUUCAGUCUCUCAAGGAGUUCCUAGAAGCAGUGCACCAAGAACGAGCCAUUUCCACUCUUCUCCUGCUGCAAAAGGGUAUCCAAAGAAACGACUUACUACAAGAUUUAUACCCCCUAGCCUGGCCUGUUAUUCGUUUGAAUGAAUCUCAAAGAAUUGAGUUGGUGAACCAUUACAACAAGGAAUUUCUGGCUUUGGUCCAUAUGGACUCUCCAGAGGAUGUAGUUUUACUCUCAGCACUGGCCGCCAACUUGAAUCAUAUCAGAGAGGCCCGGAUUGUGAUUUGGCUGGAGCUCCAAUCUUCGGAAGACCUUCUCAAAGACUUUUCGCGGGCGUCAGUGGAGCACAAGUUUCUCAAUCUCUUGGUAAUAGAAAAAUCAUUACAAGUUCAACGACUUUUUCCACACCCCGAGCCUAAGUUCCAAGUGAUCGAGAAACCUUUUGAAGAAAAGGAAAUUUUUCCAGUUCUUUGGAGCAACUUUAUGGGAAAAGUAGCUGUGACAAUGCCCGACAUGGUCCCUCCCAGAAGUUUUAUUUCAACAGAUCCAAAAACGGGUCGCCAAAGAGCCAGAGGCUGUGUCUACCAAGUUUUCAGGAACUUUGCAAGGCGGCAUAAUAUCACUUUGGAGUUGCACAGUCCCCUUAAUCAGACUAUGCUUCAAACGGAAAUCAUUGAAAAGACCAUUGGUGGAGAGAUAGAUCUGCCAAUUACUGGCCAGUUUAUGAAUUUUAGACACCCCAACGGUUCUAGAAUGGAGUCCAUUUUGGGGAUGACAGCCAUGUCAAUCGCAGUGCCUUGUGGAGAAGAGUUAUCAAUGGUUGAUCGGUUCCAAGUCGUCUGCGGUAAUGCAUCGAUCAUCAUCAGUCUUACAUCUUAUAUCCUGUUGAACAUUGUGGAUGUUGUGCUGCAGACCCUUAAUGAGAGAAUCCAUCAAAAUCCAACUCGUUUUGAAUUACUGAAUGUGUUUCUCAACCUUCGAGUGUUUCGUUGUGUCCUGUCCAUGUCAAUUCCAAUGGGAAAUCGCCUGAGGUCCUUCAUGGGCCAGCUCACAAUGGUGAUGAGCUUCACGGGUCUGAUCCUGGCCAGCAUCGCAGCCGCCCAGAUCAGCACUGUGCUGACCAUGAGUCCUCAGUACCGACACAUCACAAACUUUCAGGAACUGCGCGAUAGCAACAUUACCGUGGUUUUCACCAACCUCAACUACCAGACGGUUAAAAUGGCAAUGCAGCCCGGGUUUGUGUCACAUUUUAUGCCGAAUAUCUGGAUAGUGUCUGGUACGGAGCAAAUUAAGAUGCUCAGUGAUUUAAAUACAAGCUAUGCCUAUCAGACAUACUCGUACAAAAACGAUGUUUUCUCGGCGCUUCAGAGGCACUCUAAACGAAAAGCUUUGUGUAGGUCCCCUGAAUUGGACCUGGUUAGCGGACUGGCCUACUCGGCGGUCCUGCAGCAGAACUCCAUUUACGCACUGGCUUUACGGGAUUACAUGUAUAAGAUUUGGAGUUCCGGGCUUAUAUCUUACUGGCUCGACGAAGCGAUUGCGGAACAUAGGUCCAUAAUGCAAGGCAAGCUACUGACAGUGAACGACUAUGAUGCCCUCAGCCUCCGGGAUUAUAAAGGAGGUUGGCAAGUUCUUCUAGUAGGUUGCACUCUUUCGUUUUGUGUUUUUAUCGGGGAGAUACUUGUGCAUAAGGUACGAGGACGGUUAUAUAAAAAGAAGUAGUCAUUUAAAAAUGUUUUAAACAUAUUAUAUGAAAACCACCCACC